CGCGUUGCGCUGACGGGUCGCGGGCGGAUACGCGUCUCGGAGGGACACGCGUCUCUCCGUGUCCUUCUGGGUUUCCUGCUCCCUCUCCGGUCCUUAGCUCUGCCAUGGCUCCUAAAGGCGGCUCCAAGCAGCAGUCCGAGGAGGACCUGCUCCUUCAGGACUUCAGCCGCAACCUGUCGGCCAAGUCGUCGGCGCUCUUCUUCGGCAACGCCUUCAUCGUGUCCGCCAUCCCCAUCUGGUUGUAUUGGCGGAUAUGGCAUAUGGAUCUUAUCCAGUCUGCUGUUCUCUACAGUGUGAUGACAUUAGUAAGCACUUACCUAGUAGCCUUUGCAUACAAGAAUGUGAAAUUUGUCCUCAAGCACAAAGUAGCACAGAAGAGGGAGGACGCUGUUUCCAAAGAAGUGACUCGGAAACUUUCUGAAGCUGAUAACAGAAAGAUGUCUCGGAAGGAGAAAGAUGAAAGAAUCUUGUGGAAGAAGAAUGAAGUUGCCGAUUAUGAGGCCACAACAUUUUCCAUCUUCUAUAACAACACUCUGUUCCUGGUUCUGGUCAUUGUUGCUUCCUUCUUUAUACUGAAGAACUUCAACCCUACAGUGAACUACAUUUUGUCCAUAAGUGCUUCAUCUGGACUCAUCGCCCUCCUGUCUACUGGCUCCAAGUAGACCCUGUAGCUUGGCCCCCUGCCUUUGUAUCUAUGGGUGGCCUGUGGUGUAUGGAAAAGUAUCAGGGUGGCCAGGCUGGGAGACACACACAAGAUGUUUUUAUAGGCUGGAGUUUGAGGGAUAAAAAUGCAAUAGAAUGUAAUUUAGUGUGUGUUUAUUGGUUCUUUUUGACAGAUUGUUGAAAUUAAAUGAAUUAAGGGGAAACUCAGAGUACCAGGACAUUUAUUAAGGCAAGAAGUCUUGCGAUGUGCUGUAAUCACAGAGAAGAAAAUAACUUGUUUCCUACAGCUGUCAGAGGUCAUGGUAACCUGGACUGAGCUGUUAUUAUUUAUAAUAGGAGGAAGAAGUUAAUAGCUGGUUCUCUGUGUUCCAAGCACAAUAUUACAACUUUUGACUCUAAAUCUCAGAGUGAAUCCUCUUUCCAAGGGAUUAAACAGAAGUCUCUGAGUUUGUAAUUUAUAAUAACUCAAACACAUGGCCUCUCCACUUCGACAGAAAGAAACUUAGAGCUUUUUUUUUU